ACUGUUUAGUACAAUAGUGAGUGGAUUGAGACACAGCCGGAGCACCUGAGCCCCCCCUUAAUCACACCUGCCCCCCGGGGACGGCUUGUACUGACCGGAAGGGGGGAGAGAAAGAGAGAGAGAGAGAGAGAGAGAGAGAGAGAGAAGGACAAGGGAGUGCGAAAGGAGUGACUUGUGGCCCUGGUUGUCCGAAAAAGCUUUUUUCCCCCGUUAAAAUAAAAGCGGUGAGACUCCUGGGACAGUCUAAAUGUCAGCGUUGAGGAAAAUCUCACUUUAGUUCCUUGGCUUAUUUCCUCAGGACCUGGUGGAGAAAGACACCUGCUGCGAGGGGAAAAGGUGAAUUGAGUGAAAGCAGAAGGAGAGAUUUUGGAGGGUGAAGCCGCAUCCCAGUCACUUUUCUCCGCUUUUUGUUUCCCGAAGGGAGAUGACAGAGAAAAAGAUCGGAGCACCAGGGAUGGCUGUGUGCAGUCGGUGGAGAACCGGCGUGGCUGUGGGGGUCACCGCUGUGCUCCUGGCUGGACUGGGAGCUGCAAUCUGGGCUCUGGCUACGUACAUAAAGACAGCAGAAGACAUGGGUCUAUAUGACGUGCAGGUGAGCGUGGCGGACCAGAGACUGAGGGUAUUCGACUCGGCCCAGCGGCGAUGGAGACACGUCUGCUCGUCCAGCGCCAAUCAGCUGCUCGCCGCCAUCAGCUGUGAGGAGAUGGGCUUCAUCAGGGCGAUAAAUUUCUCCAUCACCUGCGCUCCAGACAGCAGCAGCAGCAGCCAUGAGUUCUUCUGCGUCAAAGAGAGCGAGUUAACCUACGGCAAGAAGAUCAGCACUGCGCUGUACCCAUGUAAAUGUGAAAAGGGACAGAUUGUUCAAGUGCUUUGUCAAGAUUGUGGGAGGCGGAUGCUUCCUGAGGAGAGGAUUGUGGGAGGUGUGGAUGCGAGACAGGGCUCAUGGCCAUGGCAGGUCAGUCUACAGUAUGACGGAGUUCACCAGUGUGGAGGAUCCAUUAUAUCAGACCGCUGGAUCGUCAGUGCUGCUCACUGCUUCCCCGAGAGAUAUCGUCACGUGUCGAGGUGGAGGGUUCUGAUGGGUUCCAUCUACAACACCCCCAUCCAUAAGAACGUGGUGAUCGCCGAGGUGAAGACGGUGGUUUAUCACAGCAGCUACCUGCCCUUCGUUGACGCCAACAUUGACGACAACAGCCGCGAUAUCGCCGUGCUGUCGCUCACAAAACCCCUGCAGUUCACCGACUACAUCCAGCCCGUCUGUUUGCCCACCUACGGUCAGCGGCUGGUGGACGGUCAGAUCGGCACAGUGACAGGAUGGGGAAACGUCGAGUAUUACGGUACGCAGGCGAAUAUCCUCCAGGAGGCCCACAUUCCCAUCAUCAGCGAUGCCGUCUGUAAUGCCCCUGAUUACUAUGACAACCAGGUGACCACCACAAUGUUCUGCGCUGGAUAUGAGAAAGGAGGAACCGAUUCCUGUCAGGGAGACAGUGGAGGUCCCUUUGUAGCAGCCGAUUGUCUCUCGAAGACGAGCCGCUACAGGUUGCUGGGCGUAGUCAGCUGGGGGACGGGCUGCGCCAUGGCCAAGAAACCCGGCGUCUACACCCGAGUGUCCCGCUUCCUGCCAUGGAUAUCCAGCGCCAUGAGGACUUAUGAAAAUUCCCCCGGAGUCCAUAAAAUGGCUCGUGCAGCAACAGCAUAGGCCUCCUCGAGACCCGGAACUGUCGGAAUAAAGACCGAGAUCAGGUCUGCGACGGACAUCAUGUCCCCAUGUCCCCCCCAGACCAAAACAGUCGAUCAGAAAGAAGCCACGUCUCCAUCACCUCGCCGUAGCUCUGACUGACGCCUCUCGGUCAGAAUGUUAAUUCUUGCGGCUUUAAUUCUGUAAUUUAAUAAAUGUGAUGCAUUUAAACGUUCUACACUUACAGACAUAAAGGUACUGAGAUGUACAGUUGUAGAGGUGCUCGCAUUAGGAGAAGAAUUUUACCACCACCACAAAAAAAAGGAAAAACUAAAAACAAUAUAUGAGUAGCUAUAAAGAUGUAAAAACUUAUUUUGUAAAAUUUUUUAUAUGAUGCAUCUUCAGAUGUGACACAAUUAAUAAUAAAUUGCAAUGACAGAUAUUUAUGCACAGAUCUUUUCAGUGUUAAAUUAAUCGAAUUAAUUGAAUUAUGUAUUGGUUUUAACAACAAAGCAGCUUUACAGAAAUCUACCAAACGCUCAAACGUGUCAAAGAGUUUGGCAAAAUACGAACGUGAAAAAAAAAAAAAAAAAGAUCAUAGGCUACAUUAUGAAAGAAAAUAUUUAUAGACAAACUACUGGUUUCUCAAUGUAAAACUUUAAAACCCGAACUCAUUCAAAAUGAAGCAAAAAGUAAUCAUCUAUGCGGGUUAUACAUAAAUGUUGGCACCCCUGCUUGUACUUAGUACAGAUCUUUUGUUUGGAAAUGUGAUAAACAGUAUGACUAUGCUGAAGGAGCCCCAGAGACAAAGCAGGUACCACGAGUACUCGUCUGUUCCUGAGUGUACGUGUGAAUUCAGAAAGUUUGUGCAUUUGUAUUUUAUAGAAAUGAAUAUCAUGAGAAGGAAAAUGGUGCAGGUGCAGGUGUACACCGGGCUUGUGCGACGCUUCUUUAAUCUCAGAAUCAGAUACGCAUGAAGAGAGGAAAGAAGUUUUUCCAUGACGUGCCGUAACGUGCGAUCGGGAACUGCUUAGUGGCAGUGGUAACCAUAGCAACUCGGUUGGAUGGUGGACUUUUUGUUGAUUCUGUAGUACAUCGCAGUAUAAUCUUUUUACAAAAUUGUGUAUAGUAUAACAGUAACAAUGUCUGGCAGAAAUAAACAUUAUUAUUUGUAAAGUGUUUGAUUUGACACGGUUUAGGUUUUUUUUAAAUCCCUUUAUGUUAGCAUUUCAUAGUUUCUUUUUUUAACAUCAGUUCACUAUAUUUAUUGGGAACGCCACUGGAAAAAUUGGGCAUUUAGAUUUCAGGCAGAACCAAUAAAAAAAUGUCCAAAUAUAAAUAUAGAGCAGUGAGAUUUUAUUUCAUGUUGAUCAACUCAAAACAUUCUCCAGUUACUGCAUAAGGACGAGGAUGAGGGCACGUGAGAAGGCAGAAGGGGGCGGGGCUUCUGGUUAAAAUCACUGAUAUCGAGUGGUUCAUUUUCCAUUUUAUUUGAGAUUAUAUAUAAAAUCAUUUCAGAGUGAUAUCGCACACCUUAUUUUGGCACAAGAUCGUCGAGUUUUUACAGUCCGUGGCUUGCACAUUGUUUAAGACGUACACUUUGAUGGGUAUUAGAAGUGAAAUGAACAAUUAAGUCGGAUAAAUUUUGCACAUUAUGAAGCAAAGUGUGUUUUUUUCUAAAUAUUUUCACUGUUCUGGUAUUCAGUCCUGACCAAAAUUGGCUGUAGUGGUAAUAUCACAACAAAUCCUUAUUAUACCGAGUAUGUUCCUCUACUUUUAUUAUUGUUGUUGUUGUUGUUUUCUUUGUUAUCGGCUGAGGAAUAGCAGUAAUAUAAACCAAAGACUGCUUGAUUUAGCCGCAGUAGUAUUAAAGAGGCAGGCAGUAUUUUUGCUCGUUGUGGUUUGUUGUAAAUACAGAAUACAAUAAAAAUCGUCCGCUAUGCAGUAAAACGUUUAAUUGCUAUAAUGUUUAUGUUUAUUGUCAGCUGCUACACUGUAAUUCUGCUCUUCAGUGUAAAACGUUUUAUAGUUCGGUAUUUAAUAUAAUUUUCAUGAAUGAAAUGAAUAAAUGUAGAAUAUUCAGCUGGAGUUUUAUAUUUAAGGCAUUGAUGUUGAAGAUCCUGAAUUUCCCAUAAACUUGCAUUCUUUUGUUAAACGUACGAUACAGGAUUCCGCAACUUCUUACGCCUUAAUGAUGUUUAUUCAUCUGCACUUUUCUUUUUUUUGUUCAUAAAAGUUGUGUAAUUGAUGUGAAUAUAUAUGUACAUGACUCAAAUUGACCUCUCUAAUGAUAUUUGUAUAUCUUUGUAUUUCUCUAUCACUAUAUAUAAAAUUUAGCCUAAUGUGUUUUUUCACUGUAAAUGUUACUAUCGGUUUCGAAAUAAAGUCUUAAAAGUAAAUACAA